CUUGCAUUUUUUUGCAGCUGCGCCUUGCAAUCGACGGAUUCGCUCAUAAGAACGAACAUUUCAGUCUCUCUCUCCCAUCCCCAAUAGCACGUUCCCUACUAUCUUUAUUCGAGAACAUGUCUGCCGUGGCCGACAACGCUGUCGUCGUUGACGAGCCGAUGUCUAAUGGCAUACACGAUAGUCCCAAUGCUUUCGAGAAAUCCAGCAAGUUGGCAACUGAUAAGGAAGUCGUGGAUGCUGCUACAAAUGGUGUGGAAGACUUUGCACUAGGCGCCGAAGACGUACCCGGAGCCGGGUACAAGAACGACGAUAGCUCGGUAACGUCUUCCUCAGAUGACACCCUCGCGGCAGAUGCGUCUGUCGAGGUUCUUCACGUGGGCAAGUUGGUCGAUGAUAUGGAACCAGAGGCACCUGUUCUGCCUACGAGCGAUUCUGAUAAGGAGAAUACCACUCUUAUCCAUGACUCCGAGCCUCUCCCCAAUGGCCAACACAAGUCUCCUUUCGUAGAAGUAUCCGAGCAACUUACAACUCUCACAAUCGUCCCCGGGGACAAGCCUGCGAGUGUCGCAGAGCCCUUCCAAGAGGACGCGAAUAUUGUUUCCGGUACGGUCAUUUCAGAGAUAACCAAGGACGAAUUGCCAACCACUGCCAGCACAGAGACACAAAUACCUCUUGUUGAUGUUGACACCACCGUUGCGGGCUCUCCCAAAGCCUCUUUUGAUGAAGGAGAGCCUCCUAUUGAUGCUAGCAUUGGCCCUGAGAGUUCCCUAUCAGACACUGUUGAACCUUCCAUAAACGGCGUCGGCAGCACUACUGGCGCAGAGCCUUCCCAUUGUCAGGACGAGACGCCCAUCCGUGAUCCGAACACUGAGAUUAAGCCAAUCGCUGACAUGCUGGAAGAGGUUGUCGUUCCCCCUGCUGUUGAAGUACAGGAAAUACCCCCCAUGGCUGCGGAAACCGAGCCGGCUGUCAUAGAAGAUGCAUGUGAGGCGAUCGAACCAGAAGCAAGCUAUACAGAAGCGGAGAUUUCAUCUGCCGGACAAGAACUCGCGGUCACUGAGACCGUAAAUCUAGCGUCCAUCGAGCCCGCAGCAGAGGCCGCUCCUGAAGGCGACCAUAUACCGGUCGCGCAGGAAUCUGCGCUAGUAGAAUCUGCACCGGUCGAGAUAGAAACUUCCCAACCCCACCCAGAGGCCAUGUCAAUUGCCCUUGAAGCUGCACCAAUUGCGACGUUGGGCGAGGUCCUCGUAGAGGAGACUCCGGCUGUCGGUGAACCUGACGCGGAACCCGCGGCAACUCUGGAGGCCGCUACAGAAGCGAGCGAGUCAGAAGCGGCUGAAGAAACCUCAGCAACUGUGGAGCCCAUCGCAGAAGCAGCCGAGUCGGAACCGGCUGAAGAAACUGAGCCGGUGGCGGAAGCGAUAGCCACUACUGUACCACUGGAGACAUCAACUGCAGAGGCGGAGGAAUAUACUGCAGAGGUUGAUGCAGCGCAAGAUGAGGCUAAUGAGGAGCCGCAGGGUGCUAUUGAAGCUGAGGACAAGCCAGCUGCUCUCACUGAACUGGAAUUGGAUGCGUCUGUUCCCGAGGUUGUGUCGGUUCCAGCUGAGCCUGCAACAGAGCCAGUUGUACUCUCAACCGAACCGGAGGAAUCUGCCACCGCGCUGAAUACGGAGCCUGAGGUUCCCGUCGAACCUGUUGUUGCAGCCGAAGAACCGGAAAUUGACGCUGUCGAGCCAGAAGCGCCUGCAGCAGUUGAUCCGGAGCCCACAGAACCUGAAGUCGAGUCUACGGUACUGGAGACUGUCCCGAUUGAUAUCGAGCCACCCAGCUCCAAUACGUCAUUCGUCGAGGAUCCCGAGGUGGACUUCACGGUCGCUGAUGAGCCGCAGACACCUCUAGCUGAGGAGACUCCCGUGUUUGAAGAGCCAGCUUUGGAUGCUGCCGACGAGGAGUCUAUGGCGCAGGUUGAGGUUGAAGCGACUGCACAAGUCGAAGAGGUCAUUCCUGUCGAUACUGUUACUUCUACAGGAGAGCCCGCAUCAGUCGAGGAAGUUGCAGCGAUUGAGGAAUCCCCUGUCGAAGAGACACUACCAGUUGAGGAGACGCUGCCGGAUGAAGAGACGAUUCCGGCUGAGGAAACUAUACCUGAUGAAGAGUUCGUCCCAGUCGAUGACGUUGCUCCUACAGGAGAAUCCGCACCAGUCGAGGAGGUUUCCUCACUCGAGGCUGUAGCAGUCGAAGAAUCUGCACCAGUCGAAGAGUUCACUCCAGAUGAUGUAACUCCUAUCGAGUCAGCUGUUCCAUUCGAACUGACCUCACCAGUCGAAAACGCUGUCGUUGAUGAAGCCGAGCCUACUGUCGAAGAGCCCAUCGCUCAUGUGGAUGAGCUAGGAACUCCUGUUAAUGACGCUCCGGUGUUAGAAGAGACCCUACAUUCCGUCGAUGCUGCUGGUACCGAAGAGCUUCUUUCCCCAAUCGAGGUCCCAUCCCCUGCCGAAGAACCUGUCACGUCUACAGAGAAGCCUCGUGUUACAACUGAAGAGGGUUUCGCUGAAAAUGUCGCUCCAGCAACUGAAGAGAUCCCCCCCGCGGGAGACGUUUCAACCGUUGACGAAACACUCGUUUCUUCUGUUGAGGCACCACUUGAAGAUGAUGCCCCUGUUGUUGAGGAAUGUUCUGCGCCCGCAGAAGUAGAAGAGUCCUCCACAGCAGUAGAAGAGCAUGAGCCUGUUGCAGUUGAGGUCAUUCCGGUGCCCGAAGACCAGCCUGUAGCCAUCGAGGAAACCCUCGCAGACACAGAGGAACCCGUUUCUGUUGAUGAUCAAAUUCUCCCCAACAUGGAUGAGACUCUUGUUGCAGAAGCGCCCUCGGAUGCCGACGAACCUGCUCUUGAAGCAACUUCAGCCGGAGAAGAACCUCCCGCACCGGAAGAAGAGCCCGCUACCGCCUUGUACGAGCCCUCUGUUGUGGUGGCACUGUUGACAGCAGUAGAACCUGUCGCUGUGUCCGAAGAAACUGAAGCGGUAGUCGCCGCAACGGUUGAAGAGAAUAUCCUUGUUGUCGAGGAGCCUCCCGCGCCCUCAGAAGUAGAAGAGCCUGAGCCAGUUACGCCUGAGGAAGCCCCAGCACCAACAGGAGAGUAUGAGCCUGUUGCAGUUGAAGAUACUCCGGUGCCCGACAAUCAGCCUGUAGUCAUCUUGGAAGCUUCCGCGACUGAAGAGACGUCUUUCUCUGUUGACGAUGACAUCUCUCCCGCUAUCAACGAGGAACCUCUCGUUGCAGAAGUGCCCUCGGUUGCUGACGAGCCUGCCCUUGAUGAAAUUCCAACCACCGAGGAAUCCCCCGCACCUGAGGCAGAGCUUGUUACCGCAUCUACUGCGGAGGCACCGCCAACAGCAGAAGAACCUGCUGCUGAGCCCGAAGAAACCACUUCUACAACGGAGGAGGAGACUACCCCAGGUUUCGAAGAAGCCCCCGUCACUCUCGCGGAACCAACGCACGAGGCUGCUUCAUCAAUCGAAGGAACCGCGACCGUCGCCGAGGAGUCGAUCGUCGAGUCGGACGCUCCUGUAGCUGAACAACCCGUGGUUGUCGAAGAACCCGCUCCCGUUGCAAGUGAAGCAUUAGUCGUCGAGAACGUUGCCACCGAAGAGGUCCACACUACCCUGGAGACAGAAGACACAUCGGUCACCAGCGAAGAGACCACGGACGGACUUGAGGAUUCACAAUACGCAGAGGCACCCGUGUCCUUGCCUGAGCAACAUCCAUAUAAAACUUCCAUAGAGGAGUCACUUUCUACUGUUUCUAUUGUCGAAGAGUUUGCGUCCGUAACCGCAGAGGAACCCGAGGUUUUAGAGGAACAACCUGUGAUCACCUCCCAAGUCCCUGUCAAUGGGAACCAUUCUGAAGUCGGUAAGGACUCGGAGCCUCCAGUUGCACCAGUAGAGACCUCCAGCAAGAUUGAAGAGACCGAAGGACUCGCGCAAUCCGAAACUGCCGCAGUCGAAGAGGUCGCUGAACAGCAUCAGCUUGCAACUCUUAACGUUGCUACCGACAUUGAACGUCCCAAGUCACCAUGGACUCCUUCGUACAGCGUUAUCACUCAAGGACCAGGCGUUCCAGCACAAACACCUGAGAUUGUUGUUGAUGAAGCAUCCGCGAUUGUUCCGGAGACCGCAGAAGUGCCCGGACAGUCCCUAGUUGAGGAUGCCGUGACCGUACAGUUGGCAGAGGAGCAGGUAUGAUUUCCCCUCCAUUGUCUUUUUACCUUUGGCUUGACUAGGGGAUAGGUUGCACUUGGCGAACUGGAAGAGCCUCGUCCUAAAUCGCCUUGGGCUCCUUCUUACUCGGUGACCGUACAAGGCAACGUUGCUCAGACCAAUGAGGGACUUGAUGACUUGGAACAGCUUCUGUCCAGUGCUGCCCGAUCUGUUGCAGAGGAGCCAGUUAAAGAACAAUCUGUUCCUUUUACAGAAGAGAUCGUCAUUUCUGGCGA